AGCCCUACGCGACCUCGAGGGGAGGAGGCAGGAACCCGGCGGCUCUGAGCGGAAGUGCGGCUGAGCUGGUUUCCGGGGCCGCUGGUGUGACGUGUCCCGAGCCUGGCGCAGCAGGAAGCGGCGGCGAUCGUGGCCUGAGUUCCCUGCGCCGGCCCCAGCUCCUCGCCUGCUGCCGCCAUGCUCGACUUCUUUACCAUUUUCUCCAAGGGUGGGCUUGUGCUCUGGUGCUUCCAGGGUGUGAGCGACUCAUGCACCGGGCCCGUUAACGCGCUGAUUCGUUCCGUGCUGCUGCAGGAACGGGGAGGUAACAACUCCUUCACCCAUGAGGCGCUCACACUCAAGUAUAAACUGGACAACCAGUUUGAGCUGGUGUUUGUGGUUGGUUUUCAGAAGAUCCUAACGCUGACCUAUGUAGACAAAUUGAUAGAUGACGUGCACCGGCUGUUUCGGGACAAGUACCGCACAGAGAUCCAACAGCAAAGUGCUUUAAGUCUAUUGAACGGCACCUUUGAUUUCCAAAAUGACUUCCUGCGGCUCCUUCGUGAAGCAGAGGAGAGCAGUAAGAUCCGUGCUCCCACUACCAUGAAGAAAUUUGAAGAUUCUGAAAAGGCCAAGAAACCUGUGAGGUCUAUGAUUGAGACACGCGGGGAAAAGCCCAAGGAAAAAGCAAAGAACAGCAAAAAAAAGGGGGGUAAGAAGGAAGGUUCUGAUGGCGGCCCUUUGGCUGCCGGCAAAGCAGACUCUUCAGUAAAGACGGCUGUCCCAGUGGGGCCUGAGAAUGGGGUAGAACUUUCCAAAGAGGAGCUGGUACGCAGGAAGCGAGAAGAGUUCAUGCAAAAGCAUGGGAGGGGUAUGGAGAAGUCCAGCAGGUCCCUGAAGUCAGACGCUCCAAAGGAGAAGGGCAAAAAGGCGCCCCGGGUGUGGGAACUGGGUGGCGGUGCUAACGAAGUCUUGGAUUAUAGCACCCCCACCACCAAUGGAACUCCUGAGGCUGCCCUGCCUGAGGACAUCAACCUGAUUCGAGGGACCGGGCCUGGGGGGCAGCUUCAGGAUCUGGACUGCAGCAGCUCAGAUGAUGAAGGGGCCUCUCCAAGCACCACCAGACCAAGUGCUACGAAGGGGACUCUGGGUGGCAUGUUUGGGAUGCUGAAGGGCCUCGUGGGUUCCAAGAGCCUGAGCCGUGCAGACAUGGAAUCUGUGCUGGACAAGAUGCGUGAUCAUCUCAUUGCUAAGAAUGUGGCUGCAGACAUUGCGGUCCAGCUCUGUGAAUCUGUUGCCAGCAAGUUGGAAGGGAAGGUGAUGGGGACGUUCAGCACGGUGACGUCCACAGUAAAGCAAGCUCUGCAGGAGUCCUUGGUACAGAUUCUGCAGCCACAGCGCCGGGUGGACAUGCUCCGUGACAUCAUGGAUGCCCAGCGCCGCCAGCGCCCGUACGUUGUCACCUUCUGUGGCGUCAACGGGGUAGGGAAGUCUACUAAUCUCGCCAAGAUUUCCUUCUGGUUGUUAGAGAAUGGCUUCAGUGUCCUCAUCGCCGCCUGUGACACAUUUCGCGCCGGGGCCGUGGAACAGCUGCGCACGCACACCCGGCGCCUGAGUGCCCUACACCCACCGGAGAAUCACAGUGGCCGCACUAUGGUGCAGCUGUUUGAGAAGGGCUACGGCAAGGACGCCGCCGGCAUUGCCAUGGAGGCCAUCGCCUAUGCGCGUAACCAAGGCUUCAAUGUGGUGCUGGUGGACACAGCUGGCCGCAUGCAAGACAAUGCCCCCCUGAUGACGGCCCUGGCCAAACUCAUUACUGUCAACACCCCUGACUUGGUGCUGUUUGUCGGGGAGGCCUUAGUGGGCAACGAGGCCGUGGAUCAGCUGGUCAAGUUCAACAGAGCCUUGGCUGACCAUUCUAUGGCUCAGACACCUCGGCUCAUUGAUGGCAUUGUCCUUACCAAAUUUGAUACCAUUGAUGACAAGGUGGGAGCUGCUAUCUCCAUGACGUACAUCACAAGCAAACCCAUCGUCUUCGUGGGUACUGGCCAGACGUACUGUGACCUGCGCAGUCUCAAUGCCAAGGCCGUGGUGGCCGCCCUCAUGAAGGCUUAGCGUGGCUUCUGCCCGACACCCAGCCGCCGCUCCCCCAGACCCCACUCCUGUGUCAACAAUGUGCUGCAGGGUAUGCGCGACUUGGCUUCAGUGUAGCGAAGCGGCAGGGUGACGGGAGCUCCAGAGGCCCACAGCGCCUCCCAGCCCUGCUCCCUCCUUGCAGACGGAGGGCCCGAUCAUGUUACAAUCACUGCCCCCUGACACCCACCCACUGGGUACCCCCCAUCCCGCUCAGGCAUUCCUGUCACCCUGCCUCCAGACUCAGUCUAUACAGCUUCUACCAAUGGCUGGAAGACCCAGCAC